AUGUUCUUCAACAACGGCGUAUCGUUCGAUCCAUCCAAGGACAUCCCUUCUCUGAAAGGAAAGGUGAUUCUUGUCACUGGAGCCAACACAGGGCUUGGUAAACAAUCCGUUUUCGAAUAUGCUAGGCAUGACCCAGCCCAGAUUUGGCUUGCAGGACGAAAUCUGGAAAAAGCAACUCAAGCUGCACAAGAAAUCAUUGAAAAGGUCCCCGGAGCGAAUAUCUCACCGCUCGAGAUGGAUCUGGCCUCAUUUGAUUCAAUAAAAAAGGCGGCUCAGACUGUCUUAUCCCAAUCUCAGAGACUUGACAUCCUGCUACUCAAUGCAGGCAUCAUGGCUGCCUCCGAAGGCCUGACAAAAGAUGGAUAUGAAAUUCAAAUGGGCACCAACCAUAUGGGACAUGCCCUUCUCACCAGGCUAUUACUCCCUCUUCUCGAAAAGACAAAGAGUUCACAUGCCGACGCCGACGUCCGUGUCAUCUCCGUCUCUUCAUACGGCCACAAAAGCGUUAACGAGAAAAUGGGGUUCCGAUUCGAUACCCCAAAGACCACAGCCGAAUCCCUCGGGGCCUACGGCAGAUACUUCCAAAGCAAGCUUGCCAAUGUGCUCUUCGCACGACAGUUGGCCAAAGAGUACCCUCAGCUGAUCACAGCGUCCAUCCACCCGGGCGUCGUGCAUACGGACCUUAUGAGCAGGUCUUCGGGGACGCCGGCUAUAUUUCGAAUGAUCUCCAGGAUCAUGCCCUUCAAAACCGUGGAAGACGGGGCGAAGAACCAGCUCUGGGCCUCGGUGUCCAAGGAUGUGACCAGUGGCGAGUAUUAUGAGCCUAUUGGUGUUGCAAACACGGUUAGCAAAUUUGGGAAAGACGAUGCGUUAGCCAAAAAGGUUUGGGACUGGACGGAAAAGGAAUUGGACCUGUUUCUUUCAUAG